GCGCACAAUGCCUCGACUGCGCAACUUUUCAAUGUCUACUGACUUUCUCUUCUGUUUACCUCCCGAUUAAUGUCUAACAGGCUAGAUCUUGCGGUUUCAACAAGAAGUGACAUACAACUGUCGAUCGCUCCUUGCUCCGAGCAACUGAUUGAAAGAUCAUCUUGAGACAACACUUUCAGUCUUGGAGCAGAGGUGAUUUGAUACUCGAGUAUAUCCAAGCGUCUGCAGUGCGCAAUGCAGUUAGAUAGUCUUUGCGAUCGCUGUCAAUCGCUAGAAAACAUCAUCGAAGAGUUUGAGAAGCCCAUUCCGCUCGUGGAUAGGAAGCCAGACGGAGUCGAUCGCUCUCACCAGGAGAUCAUCCCGUCAGACUCGCUCGACCAUACUUGCAGGCUAUGUCUGCAGCUAAUCUCGCUAUUUCGCGCGUGUGCCCAAGGGGCAAGGGCCGGCAACAUCAAUGCCGAAGGCCACGAGCUUCUCUUUAAAUGUCGAUAUUGGUGGCAUCCUGAUCUGACCAGACUAGUUGCUUACUAUCGAAUCUCUUAUCGAGGAAGAUUAUCGUUUGUGUUCCUUCGACUACAUAGUACACUUCCUUUGGCGAUUGUGGACAGGAGCCAGGCCGACUACAGGCGCCUCAGGAAUUGGUUUCGUGACUGCAAAACUCAUCACAACUAUUGCAAGUUGCACGAUCACACUUCGCCGGCACCCCAGGUCGCGUUGAAAGCUAUAGACUGCACUACCCGAGUAAUACGCCUCUUGCCACCACACUCGGACUACAUAUGUCUAAGCUACGUCUGGGGAUCAUCAAAAGCUAAUUCAGGAAGACCACUUCACGAUCUGCCUAAGACAAUUGAAGACGCUAUCUAUGUUACCCUGCAGCUUGGAAUUAAAUUUCUUUGGGUCGACAGAUAUUGCAUAGACCAAGACAACCCGGAUGAAAAGCACCAUAUGAUCAACAACAUGGAUCAGAUUUAUCUGAAUGCAACAUUCACAAUCAUUGCUGCGGAGGGUGAUGGUCCUCAUGCGGGACUCCCCGGCGUAUGCGGCACGCCGCGGAGGCCACAACGCGUUGUCAGAAUCAAGCAGCUGACUUUAAUUGGUAUAGAGAGCGUGUCUCGAUAUGUUCAAGACUCGAAGUGGAAUUCACGCGGCUGGACAUAUCAAGAGAUGCUGUUGUCACGACGUAUUCUCUUAUUUACUGAUACACGCAUCUACUAUCAAUGUCUUUCCGGAUUUGGCCUGGAAGGCGUCACACGGACCAUACGGCACCGCAGACGGGAAAGAAGUUCGAACAAUUCGACCUGGACAGAGAAAGUCCCGGGCACUAAGCCUGUGUUUCCAAUUCUCCAGGGUGACCUUCUUGGUAACACAAUACUGGAUCGCUUGUCCGAUUAUUUCGAGCGGUCUCUAUCCUUCUCGACAGACACUAUUCGCGCGGUUCUUGGUAUCUUCAAUGCGCUCAGGGUGACUGAGUCUUUCUACUUGAAUCACUUUUAUGGUAUGCCAGUGGUCCUUCAUAGAGCGAUCCCAAAGACUGUCACAGAGGACUUUGUUGAACGUCUCACGUGGGUUGCUGGGACCAAUCGGCCGGCAGAUACUGGUCCCAAUCUUGGCGAUGACUACGGACUGCCAAACACAAAUCUGUCAAACGUUAUGCCAGGCGCGGAGCUCAACCAACGAUCGAGACUGUUUCCGAGCUGGUCAUGGGCUGCGUUCAAAGCCGACUGUCCAGAACGUGAGCGGACGAAAGGCCUCAAACUAAUUUUCCCGACAUCGCACAAACAGGUAGAUACGAAGAGGUGCUUUGACGCCGCCGACACCGAAAUUCGCAUAUGCCGUCGGCGCAGCAAGAUUCCUGUCAGACUGUCCAAUUUCGUACGCCUCCACCAAGAUUACGAAAACUACUACCCACAGAUCGACGUUACUGCUUGGACCUGGAACGCCAUAUUUUCAGUCGGCAUGUUGGGUGAGCGGAUCGAUGCUUACAGCAUAUCUCUCCACUUUGACGAUUCACGUACUUCGGCCGAGAACAGACUCACUGCGAUCCACACGGUGACAUACAAGACCCGAUAUCUACACGAAGAGGAGUUGCCACACAUUCAUGCGAAUGGCACAGGCCAAGGAGAAAAGCUCAGGAGGGUAUCUUCGAACCCACAUGAGCGAAGCUAUCAUAGUCGGAUGUUACUUGUCAAGCGGAAUGGCUUUCAGACUUAUACGCGGGUCGGAAUACUAACCCUGGAUACUAUUUGGCGAAGUGAUACCGCUCCGGGGAGCGUUGAGGAUGUUUUGAAAAGCAUGAUGAAACCGGUCGCAGGAGAGCCGAGUGAAUGGAGACGGAAGACUCUACGCUUGGUGUGAUCUAUUGAGGUAUCUUGGUUUCCCAGGCGACUGGUUUCUCUGCCACACCUCGGCGUAGAUCUCAGCAGCAUUACAUUGUUGGUUC